UCAUAUUCAUUAUUGGAUAACAAAACUGAUUAUAAAUAAAUAAAUAAAUAAAUAGGGUGAAUAACUUAAAUAAAAUAAUAUCCACAUACGUAAAUAUAAAAUUACCGACAUGUGGUUUAACAUUAUUCCACCGUACGUUAUAAUCCUUGGUGCAAUAGCUGGUCCAGGGUACGCACUGUGGUGGUCACACUACUUUUUUCUGGGGAAUCAUUACAGGCGCGGCAACCACUCCCGAUGGGAUCGCGUGAUGUACAGCCGAGACUGGCGUUUAACAGGGAACCCAUACGUGGUUAAUGGUCUGAAAGAACUUCCAGAUAAAUAA